GGGGAAGCGCAAUGACGAUUCUGUGAAACUAUUGGUGAGCCAAAUAAGAGAUGUUGCCUAUCAUGCUGAGGAUGUGGUAGACACCUACACUGGCAAUGUCAGCAAACACAGAAGAAGAAACGUGUUUCAAAAGUUAUUCCACUGCCCACGAUGUUGGUGAUCAGAUAAAGAAGAUCAGGAGCCUUAUUGAUGAAAUCUAUAAGAACAAAGAGAGAUACGGUAUUGGAAAAGGUGAAUUUAAGAGUGAAGAAGAAGAAAAAAUAAGAGAAUCACUCCGCAAAAGGAGGAUGGAUGUGGAGGAAGAACAUGUUGUGGGCUUUGAGCAUGACUCCAGCAUUUUAAUGAAGCAGCUCAUGGAAACAAAUUCAAACCUUAAAGUUGUUUCCAUAAUUGGUAUGGGUGGGUUGGGCAAGACCACAUUGGCCAGAAAGAUCUACAACAACACUGAGGUGAAGGAGUUGUUUCCUUGCCGCUGCUAGGGUUAUGUGUCUAACGAUUACAGACCCAUGGAGUUCUUGCUUAGCCUUUUCAAGUGUUUCAUAUCAUCCACAUCUGAAUAUAGUAAUUUAAAAGAAAAGGAACUGAAGACGAAGGUGAGAGAAUGCUUGAAGGGAAACAAGUAUCUGACAGUGCUUGACGACAUUUGGAAAACUCAAGUUUGGGAUGAGAUAGAAGAUGUCUUUCCAGAUGACAAAAACGGUAGCAGAAUACUGAUAACGAGUCGUAUAGAGGAGGUGGCUUUUCAUUGUGGAACUACCACUCCUCAUUACCUUCCAUUCCUCAAUAAAGAAGAAAGUUGGGAACUUUUUUCCAAGAAGGUGUUUCAAGGUGAAGAGUGCCCUUCUGAUCUAGAGCCUCUUGGUAGGUCGAUUGCUGAAAGUUGUGGCGGUUUGCCACUUGGCGUAGUCGUCUUAGCAGGAAUUGCUAGAAGGAAAAAGAGUUUAAAAAAUUGGGAGAGCAUGAUGGAUAUCAUUUGGCCUCUCUCUGAAGACAAGACUAAUGUUAUGGGUAUAUUGAAGCUUAGCUACGACAACUUGCCCAGAAGAUUAAAGCCAUGCUUUCUGUAUUUUGCAAUCUAUCCUGAAGACUAUGAAAUCAGUGCGAGGAAAUUGAUGCAAUUAUGGGCUGCAGAAGGAUUCAUACAACCAAAAGAAACUGGAAACCCAAAUCCACCACAAGUAGAGGAUAUUGCUGAAUACUAUUUGGAUGAGCUGGUGGACCGUAGCUUGGUGCAAGUGGCAAGAAGGAGGAAGAUUGAUGGAGGUGUCAAAACAUGUCGGAUUCACGAUCUUCUCCGUGAGCUCUGCAUAUCUGAGAGAAAAUCUAACGGGUUUUUGGAGGUUUCCACAGAGGCGAACAUGCAUACACUGAGCAAUCCCCGUAGAUUGUCUUUGCACUUGCACGGGAGAGCAGAGUCUGAUCUCUCUUUUGACAAAUUUAAUCAAUCAUCCACUCGUUCCUUGUAUUUCUUUUCUGAAGGGAGAUACCAACUUGAUCAUGUUAUGAAGAACUUCAAGUUGGCUCGAGUGCUAUAUGGUGAAGAAAUAGUGUUUUCUUCACAAUUCGCUGGUUUGAAGAUGAUGAUCAAUCUGAGAUACUUGAAAGUAAGUACAUAUUUCAGAGAUAUUCCAGCUUCUAUAAGCAGCCUUCGGAAUCUAGAAACACUACAUUUAAAUCGACUAUUUUCCAUUUACAUUGGAAUACAGAGUGAUCUUUUUACGGGAAUGAGAAGGUGUAUAGAGCUGUCAAGCCUAACCAAUCUCCGUUCCAUAAAAUUAAUCGGCUUUGAUAGUCUUCCAUUGGAGUUUCCUUCAAAUGUUGUGAAGAUAACAUUGCAAGUUACACCUGCUCCUUUCUACUGGAAGAGUAUCAUGAAUACUUUGGGACGGCUUACCAACCUCCAAAUUUUAAAACUAGUACAUUUUGAUUAUAUUCAUGAGCUCAUUUUUGCUUCUGGUGAGUUCCCACGGCUUCGAGAGUUUCAGAUGAGGGAAGUAGAUGUCAAAAAGUGGAGAUUAGAGAAAGGUGCAAUGCCUAAUAUUGAAUAUUUGCACAUCUAUAGGUGCACAUACUUGUAUGAGCUUCCUGAAGAACUCUGGUCCUUGACUCACUUACGACAGGUGCGAGUAGAUUUUCCCAAGAAAGAAUUGGAAAACAGCCUCCAAAAUGUGGAGUUGAAGAAUGGUUGUAAGUUAAUAUUAUCUUAUUCUCAUAAUUGAUGGAAGAUAAUAUGGUUACCUUAAUGGGGAGCUAUUGCUUCAUUUAUGAAAGAGGUGCUUUCCAUUCAUAGUAUCCAAAACUCAUUGGGUACAGUCCUGCCACAACCUAUUUGAUGAAAUGUAUAACUUCGAAAUAAUUUGUGAUUCCUUUACAUCUUUGUAUUCACUUUUCUGUUCUCUUUUUCCUGAGUGGUCAAAUACUUCAGUUAGCUAGACAUGCAACAUUCUGUUUGCUUUGUUGUAUAUAUAUGUAUUUAAUUUUUUAUGUCAUAAUGUUAUUAAGACUUUCUAGAACAUCCGGACAAGGUCUAGAAGAAUUCAUGAAUGAAGUUGUGGUCAUUUGUAAGCUUGUAAAACUUCUUGGCUGCUGUA